GGAACUUGGUAAUUUUCAUUCGUUCAUUUUUAAAACGAAACCUCGCUACGUGGGAUGUCGACUCCACUUCAAAUUGGGAUUACUUUAAAACGAGAAUAACUAAAAUAUUAUGAAAAUCUCAUGGAACAGUAGAAUUGGUAUUGGAUUCAUGUGUGGGGCGAGGCUGCGCGCGCAAUCCUACGAUACCGUAGCGCUACGAACGCCAGUCGUGUUCGAGCUACGAGAUUUGUCGACGGCUACGUCUCGUAGCAAAACUCCAAGACCCCAUUCUUUUUUGCCGACUGUGUUUGUGACAGUGAUUUUGGAGUAAAGCAAGAAAACCUGAAAUAUUACAGAUUAGAUCUAAAGGACACAAGCAAUAAGAAGGCUCAAUCAUGGCUUUCGCUGGACUCAAGAAACAGAUCAACAAAGCUAAUCAGUAUGUCACAGAGAAAAUGGGCGGCGCCGAGGGUACGAAAUUGGAUUUGGACUUCGUGGAGAUGGAAAGAAAAACAGACGUAACAUGCGAACUAGUGGAAGAGUUACAAACAAAGACAAAGGAAUUCCUCCAACCGAAUCCAACAGCGCGGGCCAAGAUGGCGGCCGUCAAGGGUAUCAGCAAGCUCAGCGGGCAGGCCAAAAGCAACACUUACCCACAGCCCGAAGGUGUGCUGGGUGACUGCAUGCUCCUCUAUGGCAGGAAGCUAGGCGAAGAUUCUAUAUUUUCACAAUGCCUCAUCGAGAUGGGCGAAGCGUUGAAACAGAUGGCGGACGUGAAAUACUCGCUGGACGACAACAUCAAACAGAGCUUCCUCGAGCCGCUGCAUCAUCUCCAGACCAAAGAUUUGAAAGAGGUUAUGCAUCACCGAAAGAAACUACAAGGACGUAGGUUGGAUUUCGACUGCAAACGACGUAGACAAGCUAAAGGCCCCGGUAGGGUCAGCCCUUACAUGAGUCCGAGCAAUACGCCAAGACAGGACGACGAGAUCAGACAGGCGGAGGACAAGUUUGCUGAGUCGUUGCAGCUCGCCCAAAUUGGCAUGUUCAACCUUUUGGAUAAUGACGUAGAGCAAGUCGCCCAACUUAGUUUCUUCGCGGAAGGUCUGUUGGAGUAUCACCAACAAUGUACGGAGAUCCUCAAAGGCCUCGUAUCCACACUCAUGGAGAAGAAAGACGAGGCGGUGAACCGUCCCAAGCUGGAGUUCGUGCCGAAGACGCUCGCGGACCUCGAGGGCAUCCACGACCUGAACAAUGAAGGCGGUUCGAACACCGGCUCCCCGGAUCACAAGCCGCCAUCGCACCUCGAACUAUUCCCCGGCUCGGGAGGCGCGCAGCGGUCGAACAACGCGUCACCGCUGCCGUCGCCGGUGAAGUCGCCGGCGCGAACGCCCGUCGUGGCGAACAAGGGGCCGUGCUGUACCGCCCUCUACGACUUCGAGCCGGAGAACCAAGGCGAGCUCGGAUUCAAGGAAAACGAUGUCAUCACGCUGAUCAGCAAAGUGGACGAGAACUGGUUCGAAGGCUCCGUCAACGGCAAGACCGGCUACUUUCCAAUCAGCUAUGUUCAGAUCACCGUACCCCUGCCCAAUAUGUAAGACCCACCGUCGACUCAUUCACUUAUCCCACGUAUCUGGUAACGUUAUUCUUAAGAAGUAUUCUGAAACCCAUUGUUUGGAUCACCGGCUGAAACGUAAACACUUAGCUAAUUAUUUAUUUUAUUUAGUGGUGGUUGAUGAUUUUUGGGCGCCAGUGGUAGCAUAGGCAAUGCCGGAGUGAUACCCCAUGAUAUCGCUUCUAUAAGCUGAGAUAACGACUUACCAACAGGCAAGCUAUACGCUUAUUGCCCAUAACAUUAAUAAAAUUGGGCGACCGCUUUUCGUCAGGCGAACUUUGUGCUUUGGUCAGUAAGGUUGAAAAUGGACGAGAAAAUAAGGUUUCCAAAAAAACUUUAUUGUUACUUUUUUAAUAACUAUAUUUUUCAAUUUCUAUGUAAUCUCAUUUUUUAGAUAAUCUGUCAUUUGCAAUUUGAGUUAUGAUACUAUUACGUUAACUACGCAUUACUAGUAUUCCUGAAAAAGAAAUUCAAAGUUUCAGCAAUAAUCUUUAUAAAAUCUUUUGUUAACUUUGCUCAAUUUAUGUAGUCACUGUUAGACGCUGUGUGUGUAGUAAGUGUUAUUCGCUUACCCCCCUUAUUAAUAAACGAGGACUAAGCUUGGAUAAGUUACUCUAUGUUUUGUCUCUAUUCGUUGAAUGACAAAUAGCAUUUGAGUGAUAUGAGGCGUAAGUAGUCUUAAGCUUAUUGCUUGUUUAUUAAUAAUGGGGAUAGUGUGUAUGCAUGCAACGGACAUAAUUUCACGGUCGCUAACAUGUUAUAAACCUAUGCCGUGAAGAGAAUACUUCUUAAAAAUAUGUUUCAACAUUGUUGUUGUCAUCUCGUUACUCAGUAUUAUGUAGACCAUUUUAUAAUUUGAAUCUUAUAACUAUGUCAGAAGCUCAAUGGUAUGAUUAUGAAACCAUGUUCAAUAAAUUACUGAUUCCCCUUGUUUUAAAAAGUAUUUGUCUUCCGGAUUAAUUUUUGCUAAGCAUCCCAG